AUGACUCGAGAACACACCUCCCUCGACUCCCUUACCAUUGUCUUCCACAAUGCCAACCGCAAUCCCUCCCAUAUGUCCUCCCUCCUUUCCUCGCUGUCUCGCCACGUCGAUGUCCUAUGCAUCCAAGAACCGUGGUAUGGCCCCCUCAAACACAUUCCCGCACCCGGUGGUAAACGCAACGUCGCCAUGCCCGGCGACCGGACCAACGACCACAGAUACUUCGGCACCCAGUCCGACUCCCACUGGCGCCUCUUCGAACCCUCCAAGACCGAUCACGACAACCCCCCUCGCGUAGUCUGCUACGUCAACACCCGACUGCCGCUUACUCGCGCAUUCAGCCAUCCGGCACUCCGGCACCGAGACGCUAUACUCCUCGGUCUCCAGCUACGGUCCUCUGACCCUCCUCUCUUUCUACUUAAUGUCUACAAUGACCCUCGAGGUCACUCUGCUGUCCUUACUGACCUUAUCUCCCUUCUCCCCCGCCUCCCAGAUCAAGUUCGCUGCGUCGGCGGCGACUUCAAUCUCCACAGCCCCGACUGGGACCCCUCAUGGGGAACCUCCUCCCCGCGUACUGACCUACUCACCCUCUCCCACCUCACAGGCGCCUGGGACCUUGACCUCCGCUCCCCGGUCGACGUCCCCACGCACUUCCCCCACAACCCCCGACUCCGGGGAUCCGUCAUCGACCUCGUCUGGAGUCCACGAGACCACCCACGUGACUCCGUUCAGGUCCGUGCUGCGGCCCGUGGCCUCUCCGAUCACGCCCUCUUAUACGUCACCCUGCCCACUGAUCCCAUAUCCCUUCUCGGACCUCCGGCAAUCUCCGAUGACAAUCUCGAGGACUUCCUCACCGACCUGGCCCAGACCCUCGUCGGUUUCUUCAACUCGACACCUCGCCCGGACUCUGGCCCCGACGUCGAGCUCUACACACAGGCACUUUACGACUCUAUUUCCUCCACCUGGGAAUCCCAUGCCCAGCCCCGCAAUCUCUGUGUCCGCUCCAAACCCUGGUGGAACAACCAUCGCGACACCCCCUCCAACACCGCCCUCCCCAAGAUCUCACAACUUCAACGACUUGAAGCCCGCCGCUCCUACUUCAAGGCCAUCCGUAACGCCAAACGCGCCUUCUUCGAACAGCGCAUCCACGAUGUCGCCACCAACAAUGCCCGGGUCUGGGACCUGACGGCCUGGUAUAAACCACGGCGGUCGGACACUGCUGACAUCGUUGACUCCCUAGGCAACCCA